AGCUGAGCUGGUCUAGGCUGUGGGAGUGUGGUGGUGAUACGUAUCAACCUCAAUCAAGCAAAUUCGUUUGCAGUGGAUCGUCUUCCAAAAUGAACGACACAGAUGUAUCGAAGCAAAUCCAACAGAUGGUGAGGUUUAUCCACCAGGAAGCUGAGGAAAAAGCCAACGAGAUCUCUGUCUCUGCCGAAGAAGAAUUCAAUAUCGAGAAGCUGCAGUUGGUCGAAGCGGAGAAGAAGAAGAUCAGGCAAGAAUAUGAGCGCAAAGAGCGCCAAGUCGAGAUUCGCAAGAAGAUUGAGUACUCCAUGCAGCUGAAUGCUUCUCGGAUUAAAGUUCUUCAAGCUCAAGAUGACGUGAUCAGUUCCAUGAAAGAAGCAGCAUCCAAGGAACUUUUGCAUGUGAGUCAUCAUAGUCAUCAUCAUCAUGUUUACAGAAACCUUCUUAAGGAUCUCAUUGUUCAGAGUUUGCUAAGACUGAAAGAACCUUCUGUCUUAUUGAGAUGUCGGAAACAUGACCAGCACUUGGUAGAGCAUGUGCUGGAUUCAGCUGUAAAGGAGUAUGCUGAUAAAGCAAAUGUUGAUCCCCCAGAGAUCAUUGUUGACAACCAAGUCUAUCUUCCACCUGGACCUAGCCAUCACAAUGCUCAUGAUCCCUACUGUUCUCUGGUGGGGUGGUGUUGGCUUCUCGUGAUGGAAAGAUUGUUUGUGAAAACACUCUUGAUGCAAGACUUGAUGUGGUGUUCCGUAAAAAGCUUCCAGAGAUCCGAAAGCAGCUCUUUGGACAAGUUGCUGCUUGAAGAUUUUGAUUGAACUGUUUCGCUACCCCCGGAAUAUUUAUUUCCCGAAAGCUUGUAUUUGACGAAUACCUGCCAUUAUCAUGCCAUUGCUUCUUUUAAACUUGUUGCCUUUUAGAUAGCACCAUUUUUUUC